UUGACUCCAGCUGGGAGAGGAGAGGAGAGGAGAAGAGCGUGUUCAACAAUACAUGCAUUCAAAACACUCGCCUUUCUACAUAUCGAUGCGUGGAUCUGUGACGGGAAAUAUACUUUUACUUUUUCAAUUCGUGAUACUUUUAGAGCUUUUAUACUACUGUUUUUAAACAAGAACUUUAAACCAGGAUAUUUUGUGGUAGCGUCAUGGGAAUUGGGAAGUUUACCGGCUAAGCUACGGAAUGAGUCGUGGAUCUCAUGUUUUUACUUCGGGAUCGGGAAGAAAUAAGAGCUCGUUUGAGGAGAAGUGGAGACGUUUAACUUCUAGCAUUGACAUUCCUCCUGUCUGCUCUUUUGAGUGUGAUUGAAAGUUAUUAAGAGGCAAGAUGGCGGCCGAUCCCGUGCAGAGUGAUGCUCGGGGUCAGAUGGUUUCCGAACGCCUGGGACUCGGUCAAAAUCUGGACCUUUCAGACACUAUGGUUCAACAAAAGCUGGACGAAAUCAAGGACCAGAUCAAACGUGAGAUUCGCAAAGAGCUGAAGAUCAAAGAAGGAGCCGAGAACUUGAGGAAGGUGACCACGGAUAAGAAGAGUUUGGCUUAUGUGGACAAUAUGUUAAAGAAGUCUAACAAGAAGGUGGAGGAACUGCACCAGGAACUUCAAGAACUAAAUGCACACAUAGUGGUAAAGGAUCCAGAAGAGCUCGUAGAAUACCCGCUAACCCCGGACACCCCCAAGAGUGAAGCACGGACAUCCACAAACAGUAGUCGGUUAGCUGCUCUGAAAAAACAGGCCGACAUUGAGCUCAAAGUGAAACAAGGAGCAGAAAAUAUGAUACAUAUGUAUUCCAACGGCUCUUCCAAGGACCGCAAACUGCUUGCAGCAGCUCAACAGAUGCUCCAGGACAGCAAGACAAAGAUUGAGUUCAUUCGGAUGCAGAUCCUCAAAGCCAGCCAGACCAAUGAGAUGAACUAUGAGAACAACGAUGAGACUGCAGGAAAGCCUAUCAUCAGUCCCCUGGACCUCAGGAUAGAGGAGCUACGACAUCACUUCCGGAUAGAGUCCGCCGUGGGCGAAGGGGCUAAGAAUGUGAUGAAACUGCUGGGGACAGGGAAGGUGACAGAGAAGAAAGCUCAUUCAGAGGCUCAGUCCCGUUUGAAUGAGUCCAGUCAGAAGCUAGACCUUUUAAAGUUCUCUCUGGAGCAGAGACUCAGUGAGCUGCCCAAAAAUAACCCGAAGGCCAGUUUGAUCAUGGAGGAGUUAGCAAUGGUGUCUUCUCCACCUCUCAGUCCACGCCAAAGCAUCAUGUCCACCAGCAACCAGUACAGCACUGUGGCCAAACCUGCAGCAUUGACGGGCACUUUAGACGUGAGGCUCAUGGGCUGUCAGGACCUCCUGGAGAACGUCCCAGGUCGCUCUAAGACAGCAUCUGUUGCUCUGCCCGGCUGGAGCCCAAGUGAAGCACGCUCCUCAUUUAUGAGCCGAGGAAACAAAAGUAAAUCCGGGAACAGCCGAACCCUCUCCAAAUCUGAUGAUCUGUCCAAUGAAAUCAGUGCCGUUCUGAAGCUGGACAACACAGUUGUGGGUCAGACCCAUUGGAAGCCAGUUAGCAACCAGUCUUGGGACCAGAAGUUCACUCUGGAACUUGACCGGUCUCGUGAGUUGGAAAUAGCAGUAUACUGGAGAGACUGGCGAUCUCUGUGCGCUGUUAAGUUUUUACGUUUGGAGGACUUCCUGGACAACCAGCGUCAUGGUAUGUGCCUUUACCUGGAACCACAAGGAACAUUGUUUGCUGAGGUUACAUUUUUCAACCCAGUUAUUGAGAGGCGGCCUAAACUACAAAGGCAAAAGAAAAUCUUCUCCAAACAGCAAGGUAAAACAUUCCUGCGUGCCCCUCAGAUGAACAUUAACAUUGCCACCUGGGGCAGAUUGGUGAGAAGAGCCAUUCCGUCGAUGAAUACUCUGAGCCCGGAAACGGGACAGAUUGGACACUCAGAUGCCCAUUCCUUGCCCGGCGACCCUACUGUGACCAAAUUAGACUUUGACAAAGGCACGUCACCUCCCUCAAAACGACACUCUAUUACGGUGAAGAUAGAGGAAACGACAUCACAGGAUAAAGUGCAAGAUGGACAAGAGGUGCAGGUAAAGGAGGAUGCCCUAGCGACAUUUGACUUCCUGAACAACACAGUAGCUAAACCAGAUUAUGACAGUCUGGUUGAAAAUGAAACGGAACAGCCUGACCUGGAAUUGACUGAAGUGCAGCAGAAAGCUGAAAUAAGGGAAGAAGAGGACGUACAAUUCAGUUUGAAAGACUUCAAAUGUGUAGCUGUUUUGGGGCGUGGCCACUUCGGAAAGGUUUUACUUGCCGAGUACAAGACCACCGGAGAAAUGUUUGCCAUUAAAGCUUUGAAAAAAGGUGACAUUGUUGCGAGGGAUGAAGUUGACAGCCUCAUGUGUGAGAAGAGGAUCUUUGAGACUGUGAACAGUGUUCGGCACCCUUUCCUGGUGAAUCUCUUCGCUUGCUUCCAGACCAAAGAGCAUGUGUGCUUCGUCAUGGAGUAUGCAGCGGGAGGAGACCUCAUGAUGCACAUUCAUUCAGACGUGUUCUCUGAACCACGUUCAGUUUUUUAUGCCGCCUGUGUAGUUUUGGGGCUACAGUUUCUUCAUGAUCAUAAAAUUGUGUACAGGGAUUUAAAGCUAGAUAACCUCCUGCUAGAUACUGAGGGUUAUGUCAAGAUUGCUGAUUUUGGUCUCUGCAAAGAAGGAAUGGGCUUUAGUGAUCGCACUAGUACCUUCUGUGGCACUCCAGAGUUCUUAGCACCUGAGGUUUUGACUGAGACGUCAUACACGAGAGCAGUGGAUUGGUGGGGUCUGGGAGUUCUCAUUUUUGAGAUGCUGGUUGGAGAGUCCCCAUUCCCUGGUGAUGAUGAGGAGGAGGUGUUUGACAGUAUUGUUAAUGAUGAAGUUCGCUAUCCAAGGUUCCUCUCCACAGAAGCCAUAUCCAUUAUGAGAAGGUUGUUAAGGAGAAAUCCAGAGCGACGUCUUGGCGCGGGAGAACGAGAUGCAGAGGAAGUGAAGAGACACCCGUUUUUCAGAAAUAUGGACUGGGACGCCCUGCUGGCGAAAAAGACACAGCCUCCAUUUAUGCCGACCAUCAAAGGGCGUGAGGAUGUUAGCAACUUUGACGAUGAGUUCACCUCAGAGGUACCAAUACUAACUCCACCUCGUGAACCAAGGGUUCUGAUGGCCUCUGAGCAGAACAUGUUCGAAGAUUUUGACUAUAUUGCUGACUGGUGUUAACCCCAAUCAUCAUAAGCCUCGUUCACACAUGCUCAACACUGUGAACCCUGGAGGGAACAACUCCAGCACUUUGGGACACAUUAUAGAAAGUGCUUUCCCUAUGAACUCUUACCUGUGCCUCUUAAGAGACUGGCAAUACGUUGCUAUAAGAAACAAGAAUGAGGUCAUACAUUCAUGGUAGCUCAAAGUGACAUCUAUUAAUCGUCAGAACACUGGGACACUCGAUUGGUGACCGAUACAAACCUGAAUAUUCAACAGGAUCAAGUUUAGCUUCCCUUUCCACUUUCCAUACUUUUGCAAGGAAGAACACUUUGGGCGUCAUUUUUCUUUGAUUUUUAAAGAAUAAAAUGUGCCAAUUGUCUUUAUGCCGGUGAACUAAGGAACCCAACCGGGACAUCAAAUGGCAAACUCUUCACUCUGUAACAGAAGCUUCCUUUUAGAGAAGAGUCUUGAAGUCUCAAGGAUGGCUCUUUCUUGUUAUUUAUUUUGUCUUAAAUGCUUAAUUAUUGACAAGGCUUCCAAACAGUAAUAUCAGGUAAAGGACAACUACAGUACCAAAACAUCCUGCCAAAUGCUCAUCUGCAGUUUUAUUGGAUUAAAAAAGACCUCCGCCAAGAGCACAGGUAGACAAACUUGAACAUUCAAGGCAAGGGAGUUAACUGAUCUUUUGAGAAGUUCAGUUUCUUUCGUUUCUAUAAGCGCGACAAUGUAUUCCAAUCAUCAAAAGAAAAGCAAGUUAUAUUUUUAUUCUGUAUUCUUUGACUAUUAGCCAUUUGGAUCUGCUGUAUGGUAUAAUAAUGGUUGUAUACAUGUGUAUGAUUAUCAUUUUGGAGAGGGCAGCUCAAAGUUGAGAGCAAUCCUGAAUUUUUCAAAUGAAAUGUAAAAAUGUAUAUUCAUGAAAACAACAAAUGUAUAUUUUUGGCAUGUGGUUAUGCCAAAACUGGCUGUAUGUUUUACUGGUUGACUUUUUUAAAGAAUAUUCGUAGUACUGUUUUGGAUCUUUGUAAUUUCGCAGAUUUCUCACAGUUUAGCCAUUAUGGUGUUGUACAUGUCAAAAUUAAACCACCUUUAAUAGAAAAACA